AUGGACUCGCUGCUGCCCAGGAGGGUCCAGGAGGUCAUGACCGCGCGCAGGAUCACCCUGUACUGGGUGGACACCACCGAGCAGGCCCGGUUGUGGGAAUCCCCAGACCACCUGGGCUACUGGACAGUGUGUGAACUGCUGCACCACGUGGGGGGCACCGUCUUGCCGUCUGAGACCUUCAGCCAGAAUUCUGCCCGAGCCCGAGGGCCCCCGCGCGGCAGUGGCCGGGAGCCGCCAGGUGAGCGUGCCCUCGCUGACUGGCUUUCGGCCCUGCCGGCGGACUCCACAUUAAACCGUUUGCUCCAUCGGUCGCCCGAGUAUGAAGCUGCGUUUCCUCGGAUGGAAGGAACGUUAGUUCUCCCCGUCGCAGGCGAGGAGAGCCGCGAGGUGUGGACAGUCCUCCUGGAGCCGUUGGCCAUGCAGCAGAGGCAUUUUGAAAGGCCAGUGAAGAUGUUCCUCCAGGGCACGGUGGCCCGGUGGUCCCCCCCAGCCAGCAGCUCCGUGGCCACUGACAGCUGGGUGCUGCUCGGCCUGGGUGGGGGCUCGGGACUGUGCCCGCAGCUGGUGAGCAGGCUGACGGCGGAGGACGUGCAUCUGGUCGUCAGCGUGGACCCUGGCGAGGGCCGGCCCGCCAGCACGGGCGUCAUUUCCCCGGUCUCGGUCAACGCCGCACUUCUCACUGUGUUCCGCCCCCGGGAGGCCCAGCUCCACGGACUCGCGCUCCACACGGAGCGGGCGGAGAGCGCCCGGGAUGCAGCCUCCCGGGCCUCCGAGGUCUCGGAAGACGUGUUGCGUCACAUUCACAGUUCCCCUGAAGGUCCCGCGGCUUCCGCGCCUCCCGUGCCCGAGUGGGCGCAGCAGGAGCUGGGCCGCAGCGCGCGCUGGAGCCCGGCCGUGCUGGAGAGCUGGUUCCCCCGCUCCGACCUCAGCGGCGCCAGCGCAGGCCUGAUGGAGUCGUUCUGGUUACUGCAGGCUGCCUCGUCUGACAAGGAGGAGCCCUCCCCUGUGGAAAGCGAGUUCACACGCUGCCUGUCUGAGCACUACCAGCGCAGGUCUCGGGAAGAGCCGGCGGCGGCCAGGCAGGAGGACGGCAGGAGGAAACGAGCCGUCCCUCGCACUCCAGUGAGGCAGAAGAUGAACACCAUGUGCCGUUCCUUAAAGAUGCUGAAUGUCGCCAGGCUGAACGUAAAGGCUCAGAAGUCGCAUCCCGACGGCAGUCCAGAGGCCACUGGGGAGAAGGGUCCCCAGAAGGUGGCCGGUGCAAGGGCAGCCGAGAGAGUGGACAGCAGAGGAAGGGUGCUGAGGAGCUCCAGAGCCAAAGAAUUUAAGACCGAGGAGGAGCUACUGUCUUACCUACAGGAAAGUUACCAAAGGGCUGUGUCCUCGGGGGAAGUGGCGCUGUGCGCGUGCGCGCAGAGCUUGGUCUCCGCCGUUGCAGCAUUCGUCAGGUCCACGGGCACCCAGGAAGUAGAAGUGCGCUGCCAGAAGCAAAUCAAAAAGACCCUCUUAAAGACCAGCACGAGUCUUCGGCAGAACAUAGGGAAGAGCCCGGCUAGAGGAGACCAAGUCCGAGAGUGCCAGCUCCAGGUGCUCCUCCGCCUGGAGAUGUGUCUGCAGUGCCCUGCAGCACAGGGACGCGCUGGCGACGCGGAGUGCGUGGUGGAGGAGGUGGCCGCCCUGCUGCGCAUCGUGUGCCUGACAGAGGACUUGGCGUCCAUGGCCGGCUUUCUGGAGGAGGUUUUGGGAUUGUACAUCGACGCCAUCCCAAAGAUGCUUGGAGAGCUUUACGACAGCCUGGGUCUGGCGAUCCCUCAGAAGCUGGCCAGUGUCCUUCCUGCUGAUUUCUUUGGUGAUGACUCCCUGACCCAGCAGAGCAAGUCGCCGCUUCUUUCCGAAGCGCUCCCGUCACACGCUGGCCCAUCAGCGCCGGCUGGCGCCGAGUCCGACCAGCUGGAGGAGCUGCGCACUAGGUCGGCUCAGAAGAGAAGGAAAAAUGCAUUGAUAAGACAUAAAAGCAUUGCAGACGUUUCUCAGAAUCUUCGACAAAUCGAAAUUCCCAAAGUACCCAAGAGAGCCACAAAAGCCGAGAACCGCCACCCUGCUCUUCAGCAAGCUCCGCUCCCCGGGAAGGAAACGGGGCAAGAAGUGACCAAGGUUCGAAGGAAUCUCUUCAACGAGGAAACGAUGUCUCCUUCGAAGAGACCACCGAAGCAGGGCUUGCUGAGAAGCCAGUCCGUGUCCGCUGUGGAAGGGCUGCGGUGCAAGCCUGGCCACGGCAAGACGACCAAAGGCGACCACAGGCUGCUGACCAAGAGUGUGGCCGAGACCCCUGUGCACAAGCAGGUGACCCGGAGGCUGCUUCACAGGCAGAUCCAGGGCAGGUCCUCUGAUCCAGGGCCUGAGACUGACGUGGUUGAGGAGUCCCCAGAGAAAGGAGACCACGAAUUAGGUCUGAGACGAAGCCCUCGAAUCAAGCAGUUGUCGAUCAGCAGGACCAGCUCUGGCUCCUUCUACUCCGUGUCCCAGCCCAAGUCACGCAGUGUGCAGAGAGCUCGCGCCUCGCUCCGGGGCAAGUCAGGACAAAGAGAAAACUCUCCAGUUCAAAGUAUUCAGUCUCCCAAGAGGCUUUUUUUUGGGGCAGUGUCUGAGGCGAUCAGUCCUUCAGAGAAGGGCUCAGCCCGAAUGAAGAGGCCUUCAGAAAACGCGCCUGUGUCUGAGAGGCCUACGGCUUAUCAGACACCAAAGAAGACGUCCCGAAAAUCUCCAGGCUCUUCCAAAGCAACACCGAGAAGGUUCCCUUGUCCGCCACAGAGCCCCCAGCGCACCCCUGAGAGGCCUCAGAGCCCCCCUACGGAGGCGACCCCCGCCAGAUGCGCUCUUAGAACACCCCCAAGGGCAGCCUCCUCGGGGCGGGGCCCAGCCUGCACAGGCGCACCUCCGAGCCAGAGGCACCCGCACCCCCCUGCGCCUGGGGCGGCUCGGGCAGAGGAGCCAGCAGGGAAAUCAGAGGACGGGGGUGUCGGCACCCCACAGAGACCAGGAGACACAGCUCUGACUUCCUUACCUGCUUCCCCAAGGAAUCCUCUGGGUGAUGUUUCUCAGAAGAGCCCAUACAGGGGGUCGGCAGCAUCCCCUGCCCCCAGAGACCUGGCUGGGAAGGGGCCCCACCCAGCAGCCAGCGUGGCCACAUCGUGCUCCUGUCCCGUACCCCUCACUCCUCCCAGGACCUCCCAGAACGCUAAAUCUGACAGCUUCUCCCCUCGGCCCCCGUCUGAAGUCGGGACAAGGGACAGACAGCUGCCUGAGCCUGCGGGAAGGUUCCAGGAGCUCUCCCCAGGCUCCCCCGCUGCUCCUGGGGUUGCCGUGACCAGCAGCCCAGCUGCUGCAGCAGGUGCCGCAGAGGCCCCAGCGGAAGCUGGCCCCUCGCCUCGGCCAGCCCAGGAGAGGCCCAGCCCCUCUGGGUCCGGCUCCGGGAGCCGGAGGCCUUCGCCUUCCCCUCUGCCCGCUGUCAGCACCAUGGAGCCGCUCGCGCUCCUGGAUGAAGCCGAGCGCGGGGACCAGGACAGCUUCGCAGGGAGUCCUUCGCCGGCGGGGAGCCAGGGGCCCGGCGCGGACAUUGUUGAUGCAGAGACAUCUCUGUCCCAGCAAGGGAGUCCUCCCUCGCCUCGCUGGGGGCCCAGCUCCCCGCGGACGCCCUCCUGUGCCCUGCAUGGGGCCUCGGACAGAAGGUGGUGCCAGGCUGCCUCGCCGCCAGGGGGCCUGCAGGCCGCGGCGUCCAGAGCACCCAGCAGCUCGCGCACCUACGAGGUGGAGCUGCAGGUGCGGGCGUCCGGCCUCCCCACGCUGCGCAUUAAGAAGGUGGAGCCCGGCUCCGCGUCAGAAGCCGAGCCCCCAGGAAGCGGGGAGAGCGCCACAGGAGAGGAGGGCGCCGGGCCUGGCGCCCCCAGGGACAGUAGCAAGCUCUCCAGCAAACCCGAACCCACCUACCUGUCACCCCCCUGCCUUCAGCCCUUGCACAGCACCCCCGGCAAAGGCGGGGGCCAAACCUACAUCUGCCAGUCCUGUACAAACACCUGCUGCCCCACCAGUACCCCCUCACCAUUCCAAACAGACGGGGUUCCUUGGAGCCCGUCUCCCAAGCGCAGCGGGAAGACCACCCCGGACCCGAUCAGAGACUGGCCCCGGAGAAAAAGGGCGGGGGGCGCAGCACUGCUCCCCUCAGAGGGGAAGGGGCCAGACCUUGAGUCCAGUGCCAGCAGGACCCCCAUCUUGGGGGAUUUUGAGUUCGAGGGUGUGUGCCAGCUGCCAGAGCAGUCCCCUCCUUGGGACGGCCUGCCCAGGGCUGAGGAAGCCACCUGGGGCCAGGUUGGGUUGGGCUCCAGGAAGAGGCUCCUUUGCGCCAGGGAGGAAGCAGAGUGCCCGGCCAAAAGGGCGUGCGGCAGCCAGAGAGAGGGCCUGGACGCUCACAAACGUGAGGACGGCCCCCCCGCGCCUGUCCUGGACGACGCAGUGUUUGCUUCAGGUUGCACCCCACCCCCUGGCUGCACCGUGCGCAGUGGCCUGUCUGCCAGUGGGCUCCAGGCUCUGACCCAGUCGCCGCUGCUGUUCCAGGGGAAAACGCCCACCCGGCAUGCAGACGGCGCAGAUGCAGACGUGGAUGCCUUCCCGCCUGAAGCGGAGUCGCCCUUCAGCCGAGCCUUCUCCAGGACGCGCCCCGUCGGCCGGACUUACACGCGGAAGAAGCUCAUCAGCUAGCAGGAUCCGUGGGCUCUAGGUGCACACACUAAGGCUCGGAGGCCUGCUGUGGGGUCCCCGCGGGCCGCCCCGAGGCAGGGAUGCCCGGGAGCUGGGCAAGCACUGAAGACAAGUUGGCCAGGUCCCCCUGGACAUGAAGAAACUGGGGGCCUGGCCCCAGGCUUCAUUCACCGCAGAGGCUUCGGGGUACC